AUGGCCACUGCACCACCCACACUGCGCGACCGCCAGCUCGCGGCGUUGCAGUCGCUCCUCGCCCUCAACAGCCCCACCGCAUCGACCUCGACCUCGCACGGCGCACAGGGCGGACAGGCGGGCACGCUGAGCCUCAGCGGACAAGGGCAGCUCCCGACAUGGAAGGUCCUCGUCAUGGACAAGGUCGCGCAGGACGUGCUGGCGACCAGUCUCCGCGUCCAGGACUUGCGCGCCGCGGGCGUCACCCUCCACCUGCAAUUGCACUCGGACCGACCUGCGCUGCCCGACGUUCCCGCCAUCUACUUCGUCUCCCCCACCUCUGCCAACGUCCAACGCAUUGCAGCCGACUUGCGAAAGGGUCUCUACGCUUCGACCUACGUCAACUUUACCAGCGCGUUGCCGCGGCCGCUGCUGGAGGAGUUUGCGGAGACCGUCGCGAAGGAUGGGACGGUCGAGGGGGUCGAGCAGGUCUACGAUCAACACCUCGACUACCUCGUUCUCGCACCCUCGCUCUUCUCGCUCGCUCCCUCCGUCUCGACCGCUUCCACUUCCGCAGCACCCUCGACCUCCUCCAACGCCCUUCAACCUUCCGCCACCGCCGCAUCUGACGUCCGAACGACGUAUGAGAGGUUGAACGAGGCGCGGGCGAGCGAGGAGGACAUCGAGGAAAUCACGGACAGGGUUGCGAAGGGUCUCUUCUCGGUGUUGGUGACGAUGGGUCAACUGCCCAUCAUCCGCGCACCGCGAGGGAACGCCGCCGAGAUGGUCGCCCGGAAACUCGACUCGCGACUUCGGGAUCACAUGGCGAGCUCGCGGGGAGUCAACGCUUUUUCGGGCGGUGUUGGCGGAGACGGAUCGUUUGGAAGGCCUUUGCUCGUCAUUCUCGAUCGCAACGUCGACCUCGUCCCGAUGCUCUCGCACAGCUGGACCUAUCAGGCGCUUGUCAACGACGUUCUCGGCAUGAAGCUCAACCGCGUUACUGUCGAGGCUCCCGAUGCCGGCAAGCUCAGCAAGAAGACGUACGACCUCGAUGCCAAGGACUUCUUCUGGGCCAAGAAUGCGCAGAAUCCGUUCCCGCAGGUUGCGGAGGAGAUUGACCUCGAGCUGAACAAGUACAAGCAGGACGCAAACGAGAUUACGCGGUCGACGGGCGUGAGCGAUGUCAACGACCUGGCUCAGGUCGACCUCACCUCGAACGCCGCGAACCUCAAAGCCGCCAUCACCGCCCUCCCCGAACUCACCGCCCGCAAAGCGACGCUCGACACGCACAUGAAUAUCGCGACGGCGCUCCUGCAGGGUAUCAAGGAGCGAGGAUUGGACGAGUUGUUCCAGAUGGAGGAGGCGAUCACGAAGCAGACUAAGCGCGAAUUGCUCGAAGCCGUGCGCGACCCGACCAAGUACAAGCCGGAGGACAAGCUGCGCCUGAUGCUUUGCUACUACUUCUCGAUGCUCGCGAGCGGGUCGGACAAGGGUUUCUCGCGCGACGACUUGGCGGAGUAUGAGCGGGCGUUGAAGGAGGCUGGGGCGGAUAUGGGGCCUUGGGAGUAUGCGAAGAAGCUUCGGGACGUGAUGCGGAUGUCGAGCCUCGGUGCGACAUCGGCGCAGCCUGCGCCCAGUACGGCCGGAGGCGACCUGAUGCGCGGCUUUAGCUCGCUAUCGAACCGACUGACGGACCGGCUUCGCGAUGGCGGCAUCGGCGGUGUCGGCCUCGACAACCUGAUCUCGGGCGUCAAGAACUUCCUCCCCGCCCGCAAGGAUUUCCCCGUAACGCGCAUCGUCGAGGCUCUCAUGGACCCGGCAUCGGCGUCGACACAGGCGUUGCAAGACACGGACGACUACCUGCUCUUUGACCCUCGUUCUGGCGGCCGCUCUGCCCGACCUGCUGCAGCGACGCAGGGACGAGGCCGUCAGCAGUACACGGACGCGAUCGUCUUCACCGUCGGAGGUGGCAGUCUGGUCGAGUACGGCAACCUGAACGACUACAUGAUGCGGAGCGUGCCGGGCGGCGGCGGGAGCGGGAUCGCGGGUGCUGGUGGACAGGCGGGUGGACAGCCGCAGGGAUUGCCGACGAGGCGGAUCACGUACGGUAGUACCGAGAUCCUCACGCCGAGCGAUUUCGUCAAGGCGCUGGGCAGCCUCGCGCGGACGUAG